AUGUCCAAUAUCCAUGCGGCGUCUACUACGCUAGAUGACAUCAUCAAUGAGCUCAAACUAACCUAUGAUUCGUCCGUGGGGGUGCUAGAUGGAGAGUCGAUACGGAAAGUUCCAAACAUAAACACGCUUACAAACUUGAACAAGUUGCUCAAAAACCUUUACAAGCAACUAAGUGACGUUGAGCAGGUCGACGAUGAAGUGUUGGCCAAAGUCGACACGGUAAAGAGCGGGAAAAGGAAAGGAGGGCAAGCGAAAGAAAGCCAUCGAAAGCGACAUAUACUGGCUAUUAGCGAUGCCGCGGAAGAUGACGACAAGAGCAAAUUGGGGGACUUGAAACGAAGGAGAACGGUUUCGAUCGAGUUGGAGUCCGAGCAAGAGGACGAUACGGAAGCGAACGACACUGCGAAUUUCAAGGGGUCACCUGCACCACUGCAGCAACAGCAACAGCAACAGCAUCAGCAACAGCGGCAGCAGCAGCCGCACCCGCCGCUGCCGCCGGUGCCUCCAGUUCAAACGGGCUCAUUCACCCCUGAAGACGAUACCCGGCUCAAGAAUCCCAAAUCCGAGUACGUGGAGCCUCAGACUUUAUCUGCAGACGCGAUUGCAGCCUUGGGGUUGUACUCCGAGGAAAACGAAGGGCUAGAGACCCACGGAACCGACUUUUUAAAGAAAAAAUACGGGGUCGCCUCUUACCCAGCCAGUGAUCUUCAACAUCUCCUUCCUGGGAAAAUACCCGAUACCGACCUUUCUCAAAACAAACCGCCUGCGAACCAAGUGCAGUUUACAACUUUCCAAUCCUACAUUGAGUCCUAUUUCCGUCCGUUUUCAACCGAUGAUGUCAAGUUCCUCAAGGAAAGAAACGUUGUUCCGCCCGGGUUUGAAAAAUUGGGCUAUGAGCCCGACUUGACUCCGUUCGUGAUCCCCAAGCUCGGUAGAUUCUAUGCCGACGCCUGGAUUGAGGAAGACGCAAGUCUAGCUUCCAAAUUAAACUCGCCAGCUCAGUACCUCAACCAUCCCGAUUGCUACAGCGCCAAGGGCUCAAUCAACUCCAUCACCGAUGACAAUUUGUAUACCGAGGACGUAUCAUGUGGACCGCUUUCGAGCCGGCUACUAUCGGCAAUCUUGAGCAAUCAUGAAGGCGAAGGUGCCGAACACCCAACAACAACAACAGCAACACAAGAGACAGGCGAAGAGAAAAUAGUUGAGAUUAACGACGAAAACAGCUCAAAUAGGGAAUUAACGCAUCUCGCCGAGGAUGAAGUGGCUACGCAACUAAACAGCUCCGAAGACUACAAAUUGGCCACCGAGCCAAGCGAUUACCAGUCUAUUGAAGAUAGACUCAAGCGGGAGUUGAAGUACAUUGGCAUAUUUAUGAAUUUGCCGUUCGUUGUUGAUGAUAAGAAUAAAUCAAAGUCGCAAAUGGCAGGAAGGCUCGCGAAAAGGUCGACCCAUAGCAUCGUUGACAAUGACGAAUGGAUCAAAAACAGAGAAGAUGACGAAGUUUGUGCAGAAAUCCGAUCUCUCCAGAAAGAGCUUCGCGAGGUUACGAGCCGCAAUCGAGCGAAUAAAAAGAAAUUGAUUCCGAUCAUGGAAGAAAGCAUCGCGUAUCAAGAAUACUGUACUAUAUUGGAUGAGUUGGAUAAGCAAGUCGACCAAGCAUACAUGAAAAGAUCCAGAGGCCGAGGCAAAAAGAAAAAGAUUGACGCCACCACGCCGCAGCAACAGGCGGUCAACAGCGGCUUGCGCACGUUGUUGGAAAAGAGAAAACGAUGGAUCGAUAACAUUGGUGCCUUGUUCCCGCCUCCGGAGAUUAUGAAGCGAGUGCCUGCCGAAUCUAUUAUGAUCAAAGAAGGCGAGGUGGAAGCAGAGGCAAUUGAAGUUGAAGACAACGAUAAUGGUCCUUCAGCUGCAGUAUCUAAAUUAAUCUAA